AGUAUGUAAUGAAUAUAGUUAAUGAAUAGAUAUAUGAUGUAAUAAUAAACACUACCAACCUGUAAUGAUAUUAUCUAAAUGUAACAUUGAGAGGUCAACACCUCGAGUAAGGUGGUCUUCACACAAUCAAUUAUAUUUUUUUCAAUUCUUUUAUACAUUUUUAUACUUGAUUUAUAUAGGUUGUAAACAAUGUUAUGUUAUGUACUUAAUUAUAUGUUUACGUAGCAUAUGUACGAGUAUGAGCUUAAUAAAUAAUUAUCGCAAAUAUGUAACAUCUAUUUUUUCUAUAUUCUUUUGUUUUCAAUGUAUACAUGUAUGUGUGGAGAAACGAAAUCUACAAUUUAUUUCAGUUUUCGUAUCAUUCGCCCGUAAAUUCGAUUAUCAUUAUGAACUCUACUUAUGAAACUUAAAUAGAUGUCGUGGCCUUGAAGUUUGUACGAAGAUUAUUAUUAUUUAGAAAUUUUGACUGCAUUCUUGGUGAAAUGAGUUAAGUUUUUCCUAUAAAUAUUAUCCCUACCCAUUUGGCCUCAUCUACCUGGUUACGCCUUUAGUUCAAAUGGGUAAGAAAACCACGUUAUGAAACGAAUAGAUAUUAAUAAUAACAAUAACAUAAUUAAUAACAAAUACGCAACAGAACUGGUUUAUCAUUUAACCUAUUUAGUUGCUAUUUCAUUUAUAAUUGCCUCUCAGAUGAUACAGACAAUAACCUCGUACAGCUAGGUUCAGUAACACAAACUAUGCGUAAUCUUAUCGAACACUAGUCGAAUUAUAAUAUUACAGUGAAAGAAAUAAUAAUUGCGUUAAAUAGCAGUUAAACUAAUUUUACAAUUUGUUUAUAUAUAAAAUAUAGAGUCAAAUAUAACUUUAUAUAUAUUUAUAAUAAAAUGGUGCAAUUAAAAAGAAUACUGGUGAUAUACACGGGUGGAACUUUUGGCAUGUUGAAAAAUGAAAAAGGAGUUGCCAAGCUAUGCUUCGGUUGAAGGGUGGCAUAUGGCAGUUAAAUUUAUAGAUAAGAUGGAUGACAUCAUAGUCCUCCGGAAUGACAAUGCAUUUUAAAGUAAUGUCCAUAAUAGUUGGAGGUACCUACUUAAUUAAAUUAUUGGUGCCCCAAAAGAAUAUAGAGCAAGUGAUCAGAAAGUUGCCUCAGUUGCAUGACAUUGAGUAUUGGACGAAUCACUUGUCAAGAACAGACAUGAAGGAAUAUCUCAUAAUACCUGAUGGCAAGGACACAGAAUUAAAGGUAUUAUACAAGAUAUUCGAGUAUGAUGAACUCAAAGAUUCGUCGGACUUCACAAUAGAUGAUUGGCUUAAAAUGGGUCGCGAUAUAAAGAAAUAUUAUCACGAUUACGAUGGUUUCGUAGUUCUUCACGGUACUGAUACAACGGCAUACGGAGCUUCUGUGCUUUCUUUUAUACUGGAGAGUAUUGGAAAGAAUGUCAUACUCACUGGGGCCCAGGUUCCGAUCUUCCAACCUCGCAGUGAUGGGAACAAUAACUUUCUCUGUGCUGUUUUGAUUGCGGCCACCCAGUACAUACCUGAGGUUACAGUCUUUUUUGGUUCCAAGCUGUUUAGAGGUAACAGGGUAAAGAAAAUAUCCAACACCCGUAUCUACGCAUUCGACUCCCCCAACUUUCCCCCAUUGUUGGAAGCCAAAACAACCUUAGAUAUAGAUCCCAAGAUGCUAAUUCAUACGCCAAGUUCGGUUCCCGACGAGUGCAGGCUGCAUGACCGCCUGUCAAGGAAAGUGUACGUGCUAAAGGUGGUACCAACAAUAACCCCUGAAGUUAUAAGGGCAGUUUUCUCCGAAAUGGAAGGAGUGGUAUUAGAAACGUACGGUAAUGGUAACAUGCCAAUUAAACGGAAGGAGGUAUAUAAGGAAAUAGAACGAGCAGUCAAGAAUAAUGUAUUGGUGGUAAAUGUGACACAGUGCAUCAACGGCACAGUCCUUGGAAAGGCUAUCUAUGAGACUGGCUUGUUGUUGGUUGAAUGUGGCGUAGUUCCAUCGUUUGAUAUGACAUCGGAGGCUGCUUUCGCUAAACUUUCCUAUGUGCUGAGUAAAACAGAACUUAGUUACACUGAAAAAGUUGAGUUAAUGAAGACAAAUAUACGAGGAGAGUUGCACAACCCUUUGCAAUAAAUAGAAGUUUAGUCGUUUGGUGUAAAUAUUUAUUCCUAAUAAAUUAUAGAUUUUGGCAUAUUUUUCUUGCAUAAAAUCAUGAGUAAUAUGGAAAACGUAUUCCCUGCAACACUUUAUAUGGAUAAGAUUACGUCAAUUUGUAUGUCAUAUUUUAUAUCAACUAUAAAAUUCUUCUAUCACAUCACAUAUUAAUGGAGUGUGUCCGAGACGCUAUUAUAGUGUUUUAAAACAAAAAGUUUUCUCUUGCUGCAUCAAUAAUUUAAGUCUGCGAUGCUAGUAGAAUACCAUGAACAUUUAUUAUCAGCACCCAGGAUGGAUUGAUAUUCAAUUAUUCAAAAAUAAUCUGAAACAAUUUUUGUAAAAUAUAUCAUUGUGUUACUGAAUACCUAAACGAUGAUAAUGUAGGGUAAGAUUUAUCGGUGUCCAUUCAUGUUUUAGCGAAUAAUAAUAGUAUAAUAUUAUAUAUUUGCUAAUUUAUUUAUUAUAUUAUUGACAUUAUAUAUAUUUAGUUAUGGUAUAUUUAUAACAUAGUUCUUAUCCAUUUUAUUACAUUUAGACUAUUAUAUGGUAAUUGUAUAAUAAUAAAAUACUAAUAAAAUUGUAUAUCCUAGAUAAUAUUAUAUGUUGCAUGUCAGUGAUGAUUAAAUG